AUGACCAGAAAACUGCAAAACCCCAGUGUGGAGGAUGGCAGGAGCAGAAAAAGGAUCCUGAAGCCAGUUGUUGAAAAGAAGAGAAGAGAUCGCAUAAACCAAAGUCUCACUGAGCUGAGGAGUUUGCUGUUGAAUCACACAUCGGAUCCACGACUACAGAAUCCUAAAAUAGAGAAAGCAGAGAUUCUGGACCUGGUUGUGGAAUAUCUUCAGAAGUGGACAGAUGGAAAGAAAAGGAGCAAUGAUUCUCCUAAUGGUCAGACGAAGACUUGUGCUCCUGUGUUGAGCCUUCCUCCACUCUUCAGCAUCCAGAGUGCAGGUUUCCAGCAGUGCAUGUCCCAGCUGAGCAGCUACAUGAGCAGAGUAACACCGGCACAGAGAACGAGCCUAAUCGAGGGGCUGAAGCAUCACACAGAGAAGCAGCUGGGACCAGAUUUCAACCAGAAUACGUCUGAGCUGCAACAGGAAGCCACGUCUGCGGAGGAGCCUUCCAGGACGCUGUUUCCGUCCCCCUCUCCGUUUCAGCCCAACUCUUGCUCCACGCCAUCCCACGACUACCUCUCCCCCCCCUCUUCCCCCUGGUUCUCUCCUUCUUUCUCCACAUAUGCCAGCUCUCCUCCGUUCCCGUCGUUCUCCUCUCACUUCUCCUUCCCCCCUAGCCUGUCACCUCCAUCUUCCAACACCUCCUUCUUCAGUUUCUCGCCCACGGCCCCUCACACCAGCCCUGCUGGCACCCACUUCCCACCACCCUGGGCCCCGAGACCCUCUCCACACCUUGUGCCGAGGGAGGGGUCAACACCGAACUCUUCUUCGUCCGUGUGGAGACCCUGGCUUUGA